GGUCACGUGACGCUGCCUCUCGCUGCUGUCACCCUGGUAUAAAUCACCUCCGUGGAGCCGCUCAGCCCUUCUCGCUUCUCUCCACGCCGAGCCGCCGCGUCCUGCCCGGGCGACACAGUAGCUUCGACUCCUUCCUCUUCUUCUGCAGUCAUGGCUGACCAGGCUUUUGUGACGUUGGCUACCAAUGACAGCUACUCUCGGGGAGCCAUGGUUCUGGGCAAGUCCCUGCGUAACCACAACACAUCCAAGAAGCUGGUGGCACUCAUUGGUCAACAAGUGUCCGAGCAGUGCCAGUCGGUGCUGAAGAGGAUCUACGACGAGGUGAGGGUGGUGGACGUGCUGGAAAGCGGCGACACGGCUCACCUGGCCAUGAUGAAGAGGCCUGACCUGGGCGUCACCUUCACCAAACUCCACUGCUGGACCCUCACACAUUACUCCAAAUGUGUUUUCAUGGACGCAGACACACUGGUGCUUUCAAAUAUAGAUGACCUGUUUGACAGAGAAGAACUGUCAGCGGCUCCUGACCCCGGAUGGCCCGACUGCUUUAACUCCGGUGUGUUCGUCUUUUGUCCUUCGAUGGAGACUCACGGCAAACUGCUUCAGUACUGUUCAGAACACGGCAGCUUUGACGGUGGAGACCAGGGUGUAUUGAACGGCUUCUUCAACAGCUGGUCAACAGCGGACAUAUCAAAGCACCUCCCCUUCAUCUACAACCUCAGCAGCAUAGCCAUCUACACGUACCUCCCAGCCUUCAAACAAUAUGGUGGCAAUGCCAAGGUGGUCCAUUUUUUGGGGCAGACCAAACCGUGGAGUUACACAUUUGACCCCAAAGCCAAAAAGAUCACGGGGAGCGUGCACGAGGCCACCACGCAUCCCACCUUCCUCGUGGACUGGUGGACCCUGUACUCCAGCGCCGUGGUGCCGAUGCUGCAGGAGCAGUACGGAGAGACGCCUUUCCAUUCCGGAUGUGUGGAGCAUUUUGCUCUGAAUCUGGAUGAUAUACCUAUGUUCUGUCUACCUAUUCAUCUCAAAAAGUCCCAGUUUUGUGACUUGCUCUCUUUUGAGAGCGAUCAGGGUGAAGACUCCUCACUCGCAAAGGAACUACAGCCCCAGCUGUCCUCGGAGGAGCGCAAGGAGAAGUGGGAGCAAGGCCAGGCAGACUACAUGGGAAGGGACUCGUUUGAUAAUAUCCAGAGGAAGCUGGACAGUUUUCUGAAAUGAAGAGCGUGGAGAUCAACGCAGCACUUGCAGUUUAACACACUCACCACGUCUUUGCAAAAAAAAUACUGUAAAACACGUCUCGUUUUUCCUUCCUGCCCGUUUCCCGAAGGAGAUGAGUCUCCAUCUCUUCACCAGCAAAACCUUCAAAGCCAUUUAAAAAUUACGAAGGGCUUUAAUUAUCUAUGCAAGACUCCUUACUGAGUUGACCCUGUCGCAGGGAUCUGUUGUGCUGCAAAGGAAGGAAAUAAAUACUAACAAAAACUCACUUUUUCUAGGUAUUUUGAUUAAAACUUUGCGUUUUUCUUUUUAUCUGAGUGUCCUUUGUAACUAAAGGGAGAUGCAACAAAAAAGAGUUGAACUGGAACUCAUGCAUCUGUGUUACUGACUUACAUGUACAUUCUACUUUCUUUCUUCUUUUUUUUUUUUUUACGAUAGCCUUCUUACAUCCUCCGGUUUAAAUCGUAAACAUGUUUACAGCGCUUCUUAAGGCCAUGGUGUGGUCCUGUAGACGCCAUAGAUCCACAGCAGAUCCUCAGUGCCUUGGUGUCUCGUGCUCUCUGCUGCCAUCAUCCUGUCUGUUCUUGACUUUUUAACUUUCUUUGAGUGUUACUUUGUCCAGGAUGUCGCCUGUACCACGGACACUUUACACCUGGAAACAUUAAAAACAUGAAAAAUUC